AUGAAGUCUACACUACUACUACCACUAUCAUACCAAUCUCAAACACAACCUAUCCUAUCAACAAAAAUGUCUUCACCCGCUACUCAAUUCGUCUACGUCCCCAACCUAGUUGGCGGCCAAAUGCUCAGGAUCCCCAUCGAGGACAUCGAAGCCGAGGGCCAGAUCUCCAUCUCACAACAACCCAUUGCCAGCCCAACGCUCUCGUCAAGAUACGUUCGUGAAUCAUCCCCUUCACCGAGCGUCGAGAGCGUCGACGACACCGACGAGUGA